AUGGCAAGGUCCGACGAGGCGCAAGCCUUUUUCGACGCUGUCUAUGCUGCCAUCCAGGAGAUUCCGUAUGGGCGAGUGACUACCUACGGCCACAUCGCUGCUCUCAUUGGCACCCGCAUCGGACGCCUAACCGCUCAUACCCCAAAGAACAGAUCUCAUCCAUCCGGAGCUCGCAACCAAGCAGCCGCCCUCCAGGCCGAAGGAGUUGAGGUCACAACCUCCGCUCUCGGCGAGCAUUGCGUAGAUCUUGCGAAAUAUGGCUGGUUUCCUUCUGAGCUCCCGUCAGAGAGCGCAGCUGCGAACACGGUCCAGGAGGCCUCGGAAGAAGUCAACAAUCAAGAUGAUGCCGAGAAGCAAGACUUAGAUGAUGAUGAUGACGAUGAUGACGACGACGACGACGACGACGACGACGAGACAGCUGAAAAUUCGAGGGCAUUUCAUACUGCCAAGGUAGUUCGGGAUGCUUUGGCGAUAGAGGGUAGUCACCCCGUCUCCGAGGUUGUCCGAUCGGAGCAUCUUCGAGAGAAGCAUUUCGGCUCUCUGGAGGGCGUCAAGUUUGGUAAACUAGGCCCCUAUGCCUCCAGCCAGAAGCCGGAGGAUACUCCAGAGUCCUCCGACUCGAUGAUGAUCCGGGCGAACUCGUUCGUCGUCUCUCACCUUCUUCCCGUCAUUCAGCAGUUUCGCAGUGGCAUUAGCGGGCCCCGUGUUGAGACAGUCAUUAUUGUCUCGCACGGCAUCUUGCUCAACCACUUGACGAGGGCAUUGCUGGGGACGUUUCAGUCACAAGGACGGCCUAUCCUAGGUCUCACCAUCAACCAUGGCCCAGGAGAAGCACAUUUGCAUCUGCCCUGGCGCAAUACAGGGUAUUGCGAGUGCUUGAUUGACCUGGAAGAUGCUUCAGUUCUGAGCCUCACCGAGUUCGACACGGCGGCGGUUCUAGCUGACAUGAAGCUAACCAUACAGGCUAUCAACCGGACCGAACACCUAGUCGGCCUGAAGAGGACUAGGGGCGGUAUCGGCAGUGCUCAGUUUGACACGAGCCAGAAAACUCUUGAUUCGUUCUUGGCGAAGACUUGA